CCCCACGUCUGGUCACACCAAUCCUGACAAACAGAAGUGAUUCAUACAAAUCCUCCAAUAAAAACAACGUAAAUUGAUCAAAUUCAUCGGUUUGAGUUGCAAACCAACACCUAAUAAUUUUUCUUAGUUCGUCAUUGUAAAUUCAUCAAGCUGGGUAACGACAUGUCUACGAGUUCCAUGGAAAAACACCUUUUUAAUCUAAAGUUUGCCGUAAAGGAAUUGGAACGAAAUUCCAAGAAAUGUGAGAAGGAGGAGAAGCUGGAGAAGGCCAAGGCCAAGAAGGCGAUCCAGAAGGGCAACAUGGACGUGGCCCGCAUCCACGCAGAGAAUGCGAUCCGCCAGAAGAACCAGGCGGUUAACUACCUCAGGAUGAGUGCCCGAGUGGAUGCAGUGGCCAGUAGGGUCCAGUCCGCACUCACCACCCGCAAGGUCACCGGCUCCAUGGCCGGCGUGGUCAAGGCCAUGGAUGCAGCUAUGAAGGGCAUGAACCUGGAGAAGAUUUCCUCCUUGAUGGAGAAGUUUGAAUCGCAGUUCGAAGACCUGGACGUCCAGAGCUCGGUAAUGGAGGGCACCAUGUCCGACACGGUAACCACCUCUGUGCCCCAGGGCGAUGUCGACAAUCUGCUCCAGCAAGUGGCCGACGAGGCUGGCCUCGAACUCAACAUGGAACUGCCCAGCGGAGUCCAGAGCCAAUCCGUUGGAGCCUCGACAGCAGUAUCCCAAGAGCAAGACGAGCUCACCCAGCGACUGGCACGUCUCCGCCAGGCUGAAUAAAAAUAGCGAAGCCCUGCCCGUUGAAUUUCUGUUUUAGCAAUUAAGUACAUUCAAAAUAUAAAUAAGUAUAAACUCAGUGA